AUGUCCAGCAAGAAGAUGGCAAAUGCGUCAGCGACUGCUACAAGCCCACCACCAGGCCUCGAUGCAUCCGAUAGACCCCGUGAUGUAGUGAAGACUCCGAUCAUAUCACAAGCAUCCACUCAAGUGUCGUUCAAGGAGAUGCAGCGGCUGCAUGCCAUGCGGAUGGAGCUCUUCGGGUUCGGGGGUUGGUUGGCUUCUGCUCUCUUCUACGUUUUGUUCUUGGUAUGGGCAUACGUGCCUGAGGCGACGUUGGAAGCCUAUGGAUUCACUUACUUUCCUUCAAAGCAUUGGGCAGUGGCGGUGCCGGCGAUGAUUGUCGUGACUUAUCUGUUCUCACUGGUGAUCUACAAGGCUGUAAACUUAUUGUCCACGCCGGAACUUGGUUCUUACGCCACUAUCGUUGACACUCACACAGUGCCACUACCUGAAGGCACAACAUGUUUUGAAGACGACACGAAGGCCACCCCUGGAAUCGGUGAUAUCUCCAUCUUUGAAGUCAACCGACACUUGUUCUCGACGCAGGACAAACGACUCAAAGAGGAAUAG